CUUGGAUGUCCGCGCAUGCGCAGCUCGAGGGCGGGGCGACGCGUCAGAGACACGUGACGUCACCGCCGCUCCGCUUCCUUCUUCCGGGAUCGAGAGCCUCCCAAACAUCCUCCGCCGAGUGAAAUAAUGUCUCAUCAGACGGGUAUUCAGGCUGCUGACGAGGUGAAGGAUGUCUUCGGCGGAGCCAGGAACGGACAGUUCAGACUCCUGAAGAUCGUGAUCGAGAACGAGGAGCUGGUCCUAGGCCUCACCAAGGAAGCCGCUCGCAGCUGGGAAGAAGACUACGACGCUCUUCUGCUUCCUGUGCUGGAUAAAGAGCUGCCCUGUUACGUCCUGUUCCGCCUGGACUCCACCAACAGCCUGGGACACGAGUGGAUCUUCAUCGCCUGGUCACCUGACCACUCGCCUGUGCGCCACAAAAUGCUGUACGCCGCCACCAGAGCCACGCUCAAGAAGGAGUUCGGCCUCGGACACAUCAAAGACGAGAUGUUCGGCACCAUAAAGGAGGAUGUUUCUCUCAGCGGAUAUAAGAAACACGUCACGGCUCAAUCAGCUCCUCUGCCACUGACUGCUGCUGAGGAGGAGCUACGACAGAUCAAACUCAGUGAGGUUCAGACGGACAUUCACGUGAACACUACUAAGCAGACUCUUCAGGGUGUAGCGUUUCCUCUGGACGGAGAAGCCGUAGCUGCUCUACAACAGUUCAGAGACAAGAAACUCAACUACGUGCAGCUGAGCAUCAACUUUGAGAAGGAGCUGAUCGUGCUGUCGAACACGGACGCCACGGAGGUCAAGGAUCUGCCCAAACGCAUCCCUAAAGACGCGGCGCGCUAUCACUUCUUCCGCUACAAACACUCACACGAGGGAGACUACCUGGAGUCUGCAGUGUUUAUUUACUCCAUGCCGGGAUACAGCUGUGGGAUCCGCGAGCGCAUGCUCUACUCCAGCUGUAAGAACCCUCUGCUGGAGAUGGUGGAGAACAAGCUGCAGAUGGAGGUGGAGAAGAAGAUGGAGAUCGAUAACGGCGACGAGCUGACGGCCGACUUCCUGUACGACGAGGUGCAUCCCAAGCAGCACGCGCACAAGCAGGCCUUCCCCAAACCUCGCGGGCCGCCCGGACGAAGAGGAGAGCGCAGGAUCACGCGGCGACCCGACGGCGCCGACGACUAGCCCUUCAUCUCUCACAGGGUCACGCAGAACUAUGCACGACGCAGACGCCUCCGCGGUGCGUUUACGAGGUGCACCUCAAUUCAAAAAAACAAAAAAAAAACGAGCGAAACCGUUAUUAACCGAUAUCCGACGAGGCUUUAGCGAUUCGAAACGGUGCCAAAGUCCGGUCGUAAACCUUCGCCAUUCCUUUUAUCGUGUCUUACAUCGUUUUAUUUUUCUAUUUUUUUACCAAACACGAGGGAGAUGCUAAUCACGGCUCCGACGGAUCAAACUCAUUUUUUUGAUAUGAUUGUUUGGGUUCCCAUGUGCCAGGAUGCUCAUUUUUCUAUGCAAAUGCUGUUCUGUCGUUUUGUUUCCCGACGUCUUCGUCUCCGGCUGUGUCCCGGAGUCCGAUCAGGACGCGUGGUCACGAUGAACCUCAAAAGGGAAGGUUGAGAAGCGAAUCGCCGCUAGGUCACAACCAUCACCGGUCACACGGAGCAUCUGCUGUCGUUCAGAGAACCACUGUUUAGCCUCCGUACUGUGACCGCUCUUGAGUUUCACAUGUAGCGUGUGUGUGUGUGUGUGUGUGUGUGUGUGUCGAAUACUUGUCUAUAUACAAAUCAGUUUUUGUUUUUUGUUUUUUAGAGAAAAAUAAAGUAUUUGAAUCAUU